AUGCCGAUCAUUCCGCUGGCAAAGAUGCCCCAACAAGUCGGCGUUCAGAAAGCCCAAGAGGAUUGGACCGGAAUCAUAAAUCGAAAAGAACGAAGGAAACUACAGAACCGACUUAAUCAGCGGCGCUACCGGUCGAGAAGACAAGACAAUCAAGCAGGGUCACAGGCUAUCAUCGAAGCUAGAGCCUCAUCGGCCCUUCCCGGCCCAGCAGGGGACUCUAGCAUGCCUCCCCUUGAAUCUCAGGUGGAUCGACGCGACAUUUUGGAAUGCGCGCAUGCACCACCACAUGCCUUGGAAUUCCGUGACUGGUUUGAAAGGAAAGCGUACCAAAGCUAUAUCAAUGGCUCACCAAACAGAGAUCAUCUGAUUGGUCUAAGUCGACUCAAUGUCCAUCGAGCCAUCAACGAGAACAUUACUUCAAUUGGAAUGACGACCACAUGGAUGCAAAGCGAUGAUUCGAUAUCAAUAUUCAACCUGAAACAGCCUAGCUUUUCGGUCGAGAAGAUACCAUUAUGCUUGCGUCCAACCUCCAUUCAGUUGCAUAUUCCUCAUCAUCCUUGGUUAGACUUUUUCCCGUUUCCGAACAUGCGUGACUGCAUGAUUCUUGCUGGGGACUCCUUUAACGACGAUGACUUGUGUCAUGAUCUCAUGGCAUUCUGGGACACGAGGAAUACCGCUGCCACUUUACUUGUGUGGGGAGACUCUUGGGAAGCAGCGAAUUGGGAAGUUACAGAGGGAUUUUUACAUAAAUGGAAAUGGUUGCUCCGUGGAUCCCCGGAGCUACUAGCUUCAACAAAUCUUCUACUUUCCGCCCUACACAAUUGCUUCGAACCCAAGUUCUCCACCCGAGAGGGCGACCUCAAGAACACCCGCCAUUCCUGCAUUCCCCUCAAGAUCAUGAGUUUCAUUCUCUUUAUUUCAUUGCUCAGUGCUGGGGCAAUCGCUAUUCCGACCUCCAAUCCGCCCGAGAUUCUGCCCACCACUGGAAACUCACUCUCGCACUCGAACCCAAUCGAACCUCUCGAUGUUCCUUCAAUGAACAAAUACCUGCACUCCGAUAUGAAGAUUAUGCACGACCAGAUGGACUCAGAUCGCACAUUUCGCGGGGCUGAUGACUAUGAGAAACUUGUUGCGUUUUGCGAGGCCGGCUUUACGUCUGGUUGUCGGGCGGCGAUCGAAAAAGCGGAAUGA